CCGGCAUUAUAACGAAUCGGUGAAGUAGGGUAUAAGACCUAUUUGACAUCGCCAUUCCCACGUGUUCUCUUUCAUCCAGAGGCUGCGGCUCCGGCCCUGACCGAGAUCCUCCGCCCCCAGACUCGACGGGCAGCGUAGCCCCGCAGCCUCCUAGUGGUGUCGGAUGCGAGAGUCUAUCCUUAAGUGAGAAAUCAGGCCUCACUGGAGACAUUCAAGCAAAGGUUGGACAACUACUUUUCCAGAACAGAAAGGAAACUCAUGCAUCAGAAAAGGUGACUAAUAAACGUACCAAAAGAAUAUGGCUGCACAAAUACCAGAAUCUGAUCAGAUAAAACAGUUUAAGGAAUUUCUUGGAACCUACAAUAAACUUACAGAAACCUGCUUUUUGGACUGUGUUAAAGACUUCACAACAAGAGAAGUAAAACCUGAAGAGACCACCUGUUCAGAGCAUUGCUUACAGAAAUAUUUAAAAAUGACUCAACGAAUAUCUAUGAGAUUUCAGGAAUAUCAUAUUCAGCAGAAUGAAGCCCUGGCUGCCAAAGCAGGACUCCUUGGCCAACCACGAUAGAGAAGUCCUAAUGCAUGGACUUUUGAUGAAAGAUUGCCAACACCUGUUGCACUGGUAAUGAGGAUUCACCUGACAGAAUCCCAUGAAAGCAGUAGCCACCAUGUUAAACCAUCUGUUAUGACUGUUCGGCAAAGGGAAACCACUGGGGAAACAAAAUUGCUAUUUACCAGAAUAAUCAAAAUAGGUCUUAUUGUUCAAUGAAAAUAAUAAGAUGCAACACUUGUUGAGGCCUUAAGAUUCAGCAGCUUGGUCACUUGAUUAGAGAAAUAAACCAUGGUUUCUUCAAUUAUGACUGUUCGUUUUAAAGGAAAAUAUGUGUUCAAUCAUGUAUGAGAUAGAAAAAAAUUUUUAUUACUAACAGGAAAAUAAAUGGAACUAUCACUGAGCAGUUUAUACUAUAUAGUACCAUAGCAUUCUGACUGGAUUGUGGAUACGUUGAAUUGUUUUUCAAUCAGGAUCAUCCUCCAAGUAUUCCUGCUCAUUCAUGUCUGCCUCAAAUUGCUGGUAAAUACAUAAAAUAGUUACUUGCUAAUCAA